AUGAAUACUCUCCAGCGCACAUUUCCCAGGGCGAUCAAGGUUGCUGGAGUGGCUGGCUUUGCAGGCCUGGGCAUAUAUUACACGAAGCUGUAUUCAACGGCAUUUGCGGAAUCGAAUGAGCCAAAGACGGUCUUCUCUGGGCUAGGACUCACCACUUUGCGCUUGCAGAGCAUCAGAACCGUUAAUCACAACACGAAGCGACUGGUCUUCGAAUACCCUGACGAAUCCGCCAGCAGCGGCCUGACAUUGACUUCUGCACUACUAGCAAUCACACAUCCUGAAGGGAGCUGGCUUCCCACGAUUCGACCAUAUACACCUAUAAGUGACUUAGACGAACCAGGCCAUAUUGAACUUAUGGUCAAGAAAUACCCAGACGGGAAGGCCAGCGGUUACUUGCACUCCUUGAAACCAGGAGACUCACUUAGGUUUGCGACUUCAUUGAAAGGAUAUCAGUGGAAGCCGAAUGAGUUCUCCCACGCCUAUCUCUUGGCUGGCGGGGCUGGAAUUACGCCAAUUUAUCAGCUUAUAAAAGGCACCCUGAAAAAUCCUCAUGAUAGAACGAAGCUGACUCUUGUAUUCGGCGUCAACUCCGAGGAAGAUUUACUGUUGAAGGAGGAACUUGAUCGCUAUGCCACAGAGUUCCCUGACCGCUUCAACUACAUUUACACUGUCAGCCGUCCAAAAAAGGAGACAUCUCCUUAUAGAACAGGAUACAUUGACGAAGAACUUUUAAAGAGCGUUUUUAAGGGUUCGACACAGGGUACAAAGGUAUUCAUUUGCGGUCCUCCGGCGAUGGAAGAUGCCCUGGCUGGAACAAGAAGAUCUCCUGAGGGGAUCCUGAGUCGAUUGGGUUUCUCGAAGGAUCAGGUUCACAAAUUUUAG